ACCACUGCAGAUAUGCCCAGCUGGGAGAACGGGAAUGCAGUCUAGACGGAGCCAAGCAGGAAGCUGACCUAUUCAAAACAGCAGCAGUUCAAUGGACCGAGUAAAUUCCAUGUUCUCUUCUACAAGGCAAGGGUUGGUUGGUGAUGAUAUCAUCAUUUGUGUAACUCGAGAGCUACACCUUUUCUUUAUGGAGAAACAUAAGAUUCAUAACCAAAUUCUGCAGUCAUCUCUUCUUAGUCUUAUUCUUUUCAUCUUCAGCUCAGUGGCUCCUCUGUCUGGAAUUUCCAUACCCGGUGAAGCUCAUCAGAACAACGACGUAAAUGGGACUUCCUGGUUCGAAGAAGUUAGAGUCGGGUUGGUGUUGGACAUGGAUUCCGUGGAGGGAAAGAUUGUCAGAAGCUCCAUUGAAAUGGCGCUCUCAGAUUUCUACAAAGUUAACAUAGGAUACAAAACAAGAGCCUCUGUGUUGGUCAGAAACUCCCAUGGGGAGCCUCUCCUAGCUCUUGCUGCUGCUGUAGAUCUCCUGCAAAAUGAACAAGUGGACGCAAUCAUUGGUGGGCAAUCGUUGCUCGAAGCAAAGCUUUUGGGAGAGCUUGGUGAGAAAGCUAAAGUUCCUGUGGUUUCUGUUCAUGUUCCGAGCUCGUUAUCCUUGAAGAAGUAUAGUCACUUUGUUCAAGCCUCGCAUGAUCCCAUAUCUGAGGCCAAAGGCAUUUCCGCUUUCAUCCGUCGUCUUGACUGGACAAGUGUUGUCCUUGUCUAUGAGGAGGACGACGAUGACUGGAGAGAGAGCAUGCAACUGUUGGUGGAACAUUUCCAAGAGAAUGACAUCCGCAUUGUGCAUAAGAGUGCUAUCUCUGUCUCCUCUGGAGAAGACAAUAUCAUGGAACAACUCCAGAAGUUAAAGGCCGCAGGAAUGAAAAUUUUUGUCACGCACAUGUCUCAGCAUCUUUCGUCUCAGCUCUUCCCAUGUGCAGGAAACUUAGGCAUGAUGGGAGAAGGGUAUGCCUGGAUCCUCACCGCAAGAACCAUGAAUCAUUUGCAUUAUACCGACCAUUUUGUAAAGGAAACCAUGGAAGGGGUGGUUGGUUUCAGGUCUUAUAUUCCAAUGUCGAAAGAGCUUUACAAUUUUACUUUGAGAUGGAGAAGAUCAUUGCCCAUGGAGGAAGUUGGACCAGAAAUAAAUGGUUUGAGCAUCUCUGGUAUAUGGGGGCACGAUGUUGCUUGUAAUCUAGCACGAGCAGCGGAGAUUUCAAGGCUGCCAGGUUCAAAUGUAUCGGCUCUUCUUGGGGCAAUUACACAGAGUAAGUUUAAAGGCUUGAGUGGUGAUGUCCAGUUCGUCAAUAAAAAGCUUUCCUCAGAAAAGUACGAAAUCGUAAAUAUCAUAGGAACGGGUGAGAGAAGGCUCGGAUUCUGGACUUCUCAUGGUUUCAGCAAUAGAAGACAUUUGUCUUCUACCAAUGAGCUUGAGACCAUCAUCUGGCCCGGAGGAACUUCUAUAACCCCGAAAGGUCGUGGUCUGGGGGAUAGACGGAGAAAAAAGCUUAGGGUUCUUGUUACAUCGAGCAACAGGUUCCCAAGAUUGAUGGAGGUGAAUACUGAUCCGUUAACUGGGGUCACGUCUGCAAAGGGGUUCUGUAUAGAAGUUUUUGAAACUGCCAUCAGCCCUUUCAACUAUGAACUGGAGUACAUACCUUGGCGUAAUGGCAGUAAUUACAACAAUCUUGCGUUUGCCAUCUAUACUCAGAAAGACAGAUAUGAUGCGGCGGUCGGGGAUAUCACAAUCACUGCCAACCGAUCUUUUUAUGUUGAUUUCACUAUGCCAUUCACUGACUUUGGUCUUGGAAUUGUGGCGCCAAAGGACAGAAGCAUGUGGGUUUUCUUUAAGCCUCUUACCCCAGGCCUUUGGCUAACAAGUGCAGCUUUCUUCGUCUUGACGGGUAUUAUAGUUUGGUUGAUAGAACGGCCCGUCAAUACCGACUUCCAAGGCUCAUUAUCUCAACAGACUGGAAUGAUGCUCUGGUUCGGGUUUUCUACCCUCGUUUUCGCUCACAGGGAGAGCCUGAAGCAUAAUUUGUCGAGAUUCGUCGUUAUAAUUUGGGUGUUUGCGGUGCUGAUACUGACGUCAAGUUACACUGCAACUCUGACAUCGAUGAUGACAAUCCAACAAAUACGAUUCAAGACUAAUCAAAACUAUGUAGGCCACCUUUAUGGCUCGCUCAUCGCUAAGUUGGUUCUUGACAGUUCUACCUUCCGAGCUUCAAGGUACAAGGGUCUUAAUACAUCCGAUGAUUAUGCUCGGGCUUUGUCGAACAGAAGCGUCUCGUAUGUCGUCGAUGAGAUGCCAUACCUAAAAGUCCUCCUCGGUGAAAACCCUACAGAGUUCCUCAUGGUUAAAACUCAAACCACCACCAAUGGCUUCGGCUUUAUGUUUCAGAAAGGUUCUGAGUUGGUUCAUAACGUGUCACGGGAAAUCGCAAACCUUAGGGCGAGCGAAAGGAUGAACGACAUCGAGAAAAGAUGGUUCAGGACAGAACUACCCUACACAACCGAGGAUGACGCAUCCAAUCCUCUGACCCUUUACAGAUUCCGAGGUCUGUUUAUGAUAACCGGAGUCUCUUUCUCUCUGGCUCUCGCCAUUCUUCUCAUUCUCUGGCUUCAAGAGAAUUUGCAGUUUCUCCUGAACCAAUGGUUACGACCAGUUCUCGUGUUCUUGGGAACAAUCCUCGGUAGAAAAGCAGAGAAUGCAGUUCAGAUGGCUCGACAAUAGAUUCACAUUUAGAUGUUUCACCUGACAAACCUCACACAGAAAGCUGCAGCAGACAGUAGGAAUCAAAUCUUAGAGAAAGAUGCUUGACGUUUUUUUGGCCAUUCACCACCAAAAUUUUGGUAUAUAUUUUUUUUUGUAUUGUAUCUUUUGGUUUUAGCCAUUGUUAUUGUUGUACAGAGAACGACAAUGAUGUUUUAUUACUGCAGUUAACUUCAACUGUCCCAAA